GGAGUAUGCAAUGCAUCUCAGCAAUGUGCACGGCUCAAUCCUCGUGCUAAUGAUCAUGUAUCUGCUCGUGCUCGUUGGCGCGACUGGGACACUUUUCUCAUUGAGGCUAAUUGUACCAUGCGUAAUUGGCCAGAUAACCUACCCUGGCCAUGGGAUCUUACCGAGAAUCGGGGUGGUGCAACGCAGUCUACUUUGGCGCCCUUGUACUACGCCUCCACCGGAUUUAACAAUCAGGCCCGGCUGGAGGUUGUGCUGUGGGAAGACGCAGACGAAGAUCCUGUCAUUGUUCAACGGGUGAACGGGACGACGUUCCGUGUCAGUCGGGGGUACGAAGCUCGCAUGAGCGCCGCCCUCAAGCCCUUGUCUCAAGCUGCGAAAAAGAUGGUCAAGGGCCGUGCACGUACCCGAGCUCUAGCGCGUAAGCGUGCUAUGAUACCAUCUUCAUCAUCAUCAGAAGAUGAAGACGGUCCCGAGGAGGUGCUCCCUGACGCUGAUGCUCUCGUUCAUGAUCGUGAUCAUGAACAAGAGCAGGGGCGAGCACCUCGUAAGCGUGCGAGGACUUCGACAGAAUCAGAAGGCAGGUCGAAUAGCGAUCGUCCCGGCCAGGCUCCCGCUCAGCUUGCGCAACCUGCGGCUACCAUUGCCGGCAUCCCAUCAGCCACUCCCAUUGCGCCUGCCGUUGCAUCGCCCCAGGGGAUCACGACAGCAGGGAACGUCAUGGCCCCUGCUCCACGAACAGAGUCACGCGGCGAGGAUGCACCACCAGCCUCUGGACUGGAGGGAAUACAUCAGCCGACGCGUCAAUCCAUGCCCCCCGAUUCCGGCAGCCGGGCACCCAACACGAUGCCAGACACGGGCGCUGUAUGGCAUUCAGAAGCCCCAAGGCAUCAUCCACAGUCUUUGGCCACACAUCCUCUAGAUAUACGUCCUCCAGCGCUCCACCACGACGCCAGAAAUCCCACUGGUCCGGUACCAGGUGAUCGACCUCUGCACGCCCAUCGCAUCAUACCUGCAGUACCGCCUGUACCGCCUUACGAUGCAGAUGGUGCCCGGAUGCCGUACACCUACCCUCAGGCACCUGAGACGCGAUAUUUUGGUGGACCAAUGUACGGCUGCCAUCCUGGUCAUGCUCAUGAUCACGGGCAACCAGGUGGAGUGGCAGAAGGUCCCCCUCCCCCUUCAUAUCCUGCCGGACCUGCAUAGAGGUUCCACGUUCAGAAUGCCUAUUCGGAAGGGUAUCAUCCGAGAUAUCCGCCCUCAAUCCCCAAUCAUCCUUACAGUAGCCAGUAUCUCGAUCAUGAACGAGU